AUGGUUAUUGAUGUGGUCUUUUCUCGAGAUUCACGUUGGGUGGCCGUAAGCAGUAAUCACGGCACAACUCAUGUUUUUGCCAUCACACCUUAUGGUGGCCCCGUUACUGUUCGCACACACACUCGACCACAUGUCGUCAACAGGGCCUCGCGAUACCAGCGUUCUUCAGGUCUUGAGGAGUAUCAGCUGACGAGGCCGAUUCCAGCACGCCUGGGUGGUGGUUGCACAACUUCUGGCAUCACAGGGCAUGGGCUAGGGGUCAGUUCAGCCUCAACGACCUCGACAUCAACAUGCUUGAGUUCGAGUCUGGCGGGAGCCGCUGCAGACGAGUCAACUAGCCAUUCGUGCCUUACUGAAGCUGAGCUUUUGACAUCAUAUGGUGGCAGCCGGGGGUUAAAUGAAAGAGAUCCUGACCAAGGAAUGGUUCGUUGCUGUGCUUCAUUGGCUGGCCGAGGAGGCGGCCUGCUGCAGCACUGGUGUCCAAAUCUUGGCAUGGCAGGCUCGGGGCCUGGACCUGGGCUUAGCUCAAACUCCAUUCCUGCUGCCAACCUCGAAAGUGAGCCGACCUUAUAUAGAAAUAUUUGA